CAGGUACCUACUUACCUAUUCACCUGGUUCAAUGGGUAGCUGUACCUAUGUAGGUAAGUAUUUUGAACCUUGACGCUUGAAGCAACAGGGACGGUAGUACCUAGAUAUGGUUGCAGAUACCUACCUAGGUAGGUAAAGGUAAGAAGGUACAAGUCAUGUGCACUGAGCAGGAAUCCAUGAUGGGUACGGUAAUUAUUUUACUUACUGUCAGGAAGCCAAAGAAGAGUACCUACCUUCCUAGGUGAGAUCAUGAGCAACAGAGCAGCCUGGAGCCUGAGGUAGGUACCUAGCUGGGUCCAUAGAAAAACGUUUCAAAUGAAGGAAGGGAUUCGCUAGGAAGGGACUUCACUUGGUUGUUUGCCCGGGCGUCCAAGCUCAGUAACUUCGCACGGCCAGCGCACUAAUUGCAAGCUCGCAAGCUUGCAUAUUACGCCCGCAUUGCCAGCUGCCAGCAUUCCCUCCGCCGUCCCAAUGAUGGCCCCCCGCGUGGCCUGUGUGGCGCUCCUCCUCGCGUCGCUCUUCCUCUGCGCGCCCGACGCCUCCCGCGCGCAGAUCGUCAUUCGCAGCAACCGCACCGCCAACGCGUCGGCGCCCGCGCCCGCCAUCAGCCUCUCGUCCGGCAAUGCAACAAAGCCCGGGUACUCCGGGGGCCUGUUGGGUUUUCAGCCCGACGGGGGGCUUUACAUCACUCCUGACGUCAUCAACCAGUGCGAAAGCCUCCCGGGGACUGCGAGCGACGGCUCCGGCAAUGCCAUGCUCCUUACGGCGUCGGGUACCGUGACGGACGAGAAGGAGAAGGGGACGGACCUGGGGAACUGCUGCCCGCCGCCUUACGCGGGCGCUCCUGUGGCUUGGCAACCGUAUGGUCCGAGCCGCCCCAUCGUCGUCCGGCGCUCCUGGUUGGACGUCCAAAACGACACAGUGUACAUGGAGAAACUCGCGCGCGGCUUCAAGCUGAUGAGGACCCAAGGCCCAAACAGCCCCAACAGUCUCCUCAGGCAAGCUAGAGUCCAUUGCCACCACUGCACUACCGCCAAAACCCAGGGUUACAUCCAUAACGGCUGGCAUUUCCUGCCGUGGCACCGCGCCGAGAUCUUCUACUUCGAGCAAUCGAUGCAGUAUCUGCUCAACGACCCGACCUUCGCCAUGCCUUACUGGGAGUGGGACAAUCCGGAGGGCGUCUGGUUGAUCAACCAGUACCGCAACCGUACCUCGCCUCUGUUCGACCAGAAGCGCACCCAAAACGACUCCACCAGCAUCAAGAUGAUGAAUCGGUACUGCUCACCCCAGGAGGUCUACAAAGCCAUCACUGCGGUCACGGACCCGGUUCUAUUCCACGGGUUGCGUGACACAAGCGUGAGCCAAUUCGGAAACCAGGGAACGUUAGAAGCUCUCCACGGCUGGCCUCACACGGCCGUCGGCGCGCAAGCGGAGCUGCAGCCGGGACUGGACACGUCGCUCUUCCCGGACACGGGAUCGUGCGCCACGUGUCGCUUCCACGACAUGGGGUCCUUUUCCACCUCAGGAUGGGACCCCGCCUUCUGGUCUCACCAUUUCAACAUCGAUCGCCUCUGGGAGGAGUGGCUGAAGCAGCCUAACGCGAACACCACCUCCGGGCACAACGAAAACUUCGCCGACGCGGCGUGGCUGGACUCCGUCUUCACCUUCUACCGGGCAGACGGAGUCCUGGAGACGAUAACCGUGCGCGAUACCCUCAACAUAACCAACAUGGGUUACGCGUACGCCCCGGCCCGGAACAUCUGGAACACGACAAACGCAGUCGCGAGCGGCGUCGCGGCCGCGGCCGCGGUCACCACCGCAGACCCCCCCGCCCCAGUCCGGAAAUUGCUGGCGAACGUUACCGCUAACCUUCCCCCGGUUAACACCGUCCCCGAGCUGCUCGCGCAGUAUCCCAAUUUUGCGGUUAACUACGCUAACCUGACCGCGGUCAUGCCGGAGCCGGUGAAGGUCGGCCGGAACGUGUCCCGCUACCGGAUUCUGCGGACCCUGCCCGACCUGCCCGGGACGGAGGAGCUCUUGAUGUUCCACGAGAUCUCGGCGCGCAUGGACGAGCGCGCGCUGAUCGAGGUGUGGGUGAACAAGCCUGACGUCAGCGUGGGGUCGAAGCUGGACUGGCACUACCUCGGGACGCUGACGCAGGUGCCCAUGUCGCCCAAACCCAGCAAGCUGCCCACCAAUUCUUUCUCCGCAAUCAAGAACCGGGCCCUCCAGCUGAACCCAAUUCUGAAGAAUCUGGGCCUCCUCAGCGCGACGGAACUGCUCAUUACGCUGGUUCCGGCGGAAUACAUGGUCGACAGCGGAAACAACGGAUUUCGCAUGGCCCCGCAGUAUAGCACGGUCACCAUCGCCGGGGCCGAGAUCUACCGGGGCACACUGAGCUCGUACUUCCAGCGUUGAGUGGACGGUCGAAAGACAACCAUUUAAGAAAAGCGAGGAAAAUCCUCCCCAGAUUCUACAGAACCGGCCGGUCUUAAGCGGCGAUAUUGACUUCCACUUCAAGGUCCACAGAAAAAUAUUGACCGCAGCUUUAACAGUCGAGUACGAACAUUAGUCUCAUCAUUGACAGAACAACAGCUCGAGAUAUUCAGCGUCCAUUUUCUGAGCGGUAGGUUCAAAGGAACGUGUUUUUCAAUAUAGAAAAGUCGUGUCGGAAACAGGAUUAGGAAUCUAACAAGACAAGCCAACUUGUUUGUCAAGUGACCUUGCUAAACGAAUGAAGACAAUUGACGGGUGCUGCACUCCCGCCCAGGUAGUGUGGAUCCUGGACUUUCUACGACGCUGUUCUAGAUCCUGGAACCAUCCACUAACUCAGGCAUGAGUCUACCUUGAGUGCGCUGCAAAUGCGCCGUACGUGC